AUGGCUUACAACCCCUACAACGGAUCUUACCCAUACCCACCACCAGUUGGAUACGUGCCACCACCAAUGGGAUAUGCUCCACCACCAAUUGCUCCAGUUCCAGUUGUAGCUCCAAUCCCAGUGCCAAUCGCUACUCCAUACAUGGCUCCACCAGUCUAUGGACCACCACCAGUCGUUGUGAUUGAGGAGCCAUACCAUCAUCACCACUGGAACCCAUUUCAUCAUCACCAUCAUCAUUGCUAA